AAAGAGAGUGUGUGUGUGUGUGAUAUGUGACAUGUACAGUCUACUCGGGAAGCCAAGCGCAUGAUGGAACGUAACCACAGCCGGCAAAACCCUCCCGCCACCACCACUGCCGUUCAACCCCUCUAAAUUCCACCGUUAAAAACUUAAACCCCCACUUUCCACCAUUCCAAACCGCCAUGGGAGACGCCGGCUUCAUAAGGUUUCCGACCUGUUUGGACCCGAGAGCAGAAGAGUUCCGUCCGUUCAAUCAAGUCACCUUGUUCCAACCCCACCCCCACCAAAUUUAUUACCCUUACCCGCAGCAGCCAAUCGCCGACCUCCACCUCACCCCCUUCUCCGACUUUACCAACACUACCAACGUCGCACCCUUCUACGCGCCCCAGGCGCACGUUAGCCUCCCGCCGUUGCCCCCGCCGCUCCCGCCGCCGUCCCCCGCGCCGACGAGGACUCUGCUCCUGAGCUCCGUCCCGACCGACGUCAGCGAGUCCGACGUCAGGCGGGACUUGGAGAUUUUCGGAGACGUUCGUGCCGUUCAGAUGGAGAGGGUGCGGGACGGGAUCGUGACUGUCCAUUUCUACGACGUCAGGAGCUCGCAGAGGUCGGCGGCGGAGAUACGGGGGCAGCACAUGAGGCAGCAGGGAAGGCUUAGGGUUUAUUACGACGCCGUUUUGGCGAGGAAUUCGAGUGGUGAGUUCGGCGGUGGUGGCGAGGUGUGGGAACCGGUGCCGGUGGCGGCGCCGGUGGGGCCGGGGGUGGUGGGGGGCCACGCGGUGUGGGCCCAGUUUAAGGUGCCGGUGGGGGUGGGUGGGGUUCCUGAUGGGGUUAAUCAGGGGACGAUUGUGGUGUUCAAUUUGGACGAGGGGGUGAACACUGCUAGGCUCAAAGAGAUUUUUGAAGCGUUUGGUCCGGUGAAGGAACUGAGAGAGACGCCGAUGAAGCGGCAGCAGCGUUUCAUUGAAUUCUACGACGUCAGGCACGCAUCGAGAGCCCUCGCCCAAAUGAACGGCAAAGAAAUCAACGGCAAAGAAAUUGUCAUCGAAUUCAGCCGCCCCGGCGGCCACAUCAAGAAAUUCGCUAAUAAAUCCGGCCAAACCCGCACCCUCAAAACCUUCCAUUCCCCUCCCCGUUACUCCAAACCCAAUCCCCGCCCCUUUCCAUCCCCGCUGCCACCGCCACCACUGUCGUUUCCGCUUAAAAUUCACAGCGGUGGCAGCCCGAACGUGCCGCCCCGUUGCUACAAUUCUCAAACCCAAUUGAAAUCGAAGAAAGUUGGUGGGUGCAAAGGGAUGAGUAAUGGGUUCAUUGUGAACGAAAGUGAAGGGUGUUUUAAGAGUAAUAGUACUAAUAGUAAGGGUAGUGGGAAGAAGAAUUCGAGGAAGGGUGAGAGUAAUGGAAGUGGGGGUGGAACGAGUAAUAAUACGGAGAAGCAAGUGGAGAUUAGAAAGGUGAGUGGUAGUAGGAUGUUUUUGAAGGGGAGGCAAGGGGGGAAGGGCUGUUUGGAUACGAGGUUUUUGAUAAACGAAGAAGGGGUUUCGGAGACGGAUUGCAGGGAUUCGAGGACGACGGUCAUGAUCAAGAACAUACCCAAUAAGUACAGUCAGAAGCUACUGCUGAACAUGCUGGACAACCACUGCAUUCACUGCAACGAGAAUAUCGCCGACGGCGGCCCCUUGUCUUCCUACGAUUUUCUGUACCUCCCCAUUGAUUUCGUCAACAAGUGUAAUGUUGGAUAUGGGUUUGUGAACAUGACAUCGCCGGAGGCAACAUUGAGACUUUACAAGGCCUUUCACCAUCAAAAUUGGGUAGUCUUCAAUUCCAAGAAAAUUUGCGAAGUCACCUAUGCCAGAUUGCAGGGCGCGGAAGCAUUAAAGGAGCACUUCAGGAAUUCCAAGUUUCCAGGCGAAGCAGAUGAGUAUUUGCCAGUGGUCUUCUCGCCACCUCGUGACGGCAGCAGCCAAUUAACGGACCCCACUCCCAUUGUUGGCCGCUCCUCCAUUAACGCCGUCCAAUCCCCUUCUGCCGUCAGCUCUUCUAAUUCCAACUCCUCCCGAGAACCCAAUGAUGGUAAUGAUGAUCUACGAGCUGUAGAAGAAGGAGAAGAAGUAAGCGGCGGCAUUGAUAACAAUGAUGGGUGUCAUAGUAAUGACGGCUUGGGUGGUGUUAACGAUGUCGGUGGUGGCGGCGGCAGUAACACCACCUCCUCAAACGGCGGCGAUAGUGGUCAUGACCCAUAUGACCAAUAGCUGAGAAUUUGUAGAAAUGUCGGUCAGAGACAGAUGUUCGUGCACAGAUUCGAAUCUAGUUGUGCAAAGGUCUCUUGGGUCCAGCUGCAUUGGAUAGUGCGUAUACAUUUUGGGCGGUUUUGUGCAUAGACAUCUGUGUCGGUAUCAUUACUCUAGAGACGAUAUCAAAUCAAAAUCUCUACUUUUGUAAUCAUUCAGAUAUGGAAGCUGUAGUUUGGGGCUAUAAAAACUGCUAAUAAUUACAACUACAUACUGUGACUGGGGGUUGGCUAUAACUGGCAACCAACAGCUUGGAAACCCAACCCUAAUGAGGGGGUGCCUUCUUUUUGAGCUCCGAGCCCAAGAAACCUGUUCCAAGAUUAGCCUAAGCUAUAGC